UGGCUGGAGUUUCUAGCACAGGAGAAGGGGAGGGUAGGAGUGACAGUGUUCUGCCUACACAGAUGGCUCUCUGCUCUUACAGAUAAGCUACACGAGGUGACCCACACACUGGGCACGGCUGUAUCAGGUGCCAACCCCCAGGAACCUCUCUGACCAUGCAUACCCAGGACACAGACCCAGAUUGUGCACUGGCACUGAAGACACAGAAGCAGCAGAUGGCUGACAUGCUGAGGGAACUGAAGCAGACCAGGCUGCAGAAAAUAUGGAUCCCUCACCAGAGUGAGAGGCUGCAGCAGAGGAGAGGAUCUUCUGUACCUCAGUUUACAAACUCCCCCACGAUGAUCAUUAUGGUUGGGCUCCCUGCCCGAGGAAAAACGUAUAUCUCCAAGAAACUCACCCGCUACCUCAACUGGAUUGGAACGCCUACGAAAGUGUUCAACGUAGGACAGUAUCGCCGGGAAGCCGUGCAGACAUAUAAAAACUAUGAAUUCUUCCGCUCUGACAACCAAGAAGCCAUGAAAAUACGAAAGCAGUGUGCACUCAACGCCCUAAGAGACGUCAAUACCUAUCUGACCAGGGAAGAGGGACAGGUUGCUGUCUUUGAUGCCACCAACACCACUAGAGAAAGAAGGUCUAUGAUCCUGCAGUUUGCUAAGGACCGUGGAUUUAAGGUUUUCUUCAUUGAAUCCAUCUGCGAUGACCCCGACAUUAUUGCUGAGAAUAUCACUCAAGUGAAGUUAUCGAGUCCGGACUACAAGGACUGUGAUCGGGAAAAGGUGGUGGAAGAUUUCCUCAAACGAAUUGACUGUUAUCAGAUGUAUUAUGAGCCGCUGCAUGAUGACUUGGAUAGUGAUCUGUCUUAUAUUAAGAUUUUUAAUGUUGGGAACCGAUAUCUGGUGAACAGAGUCCAGGAUCACAUUCAGAGCCGCACCGUUUACUACCUGAUGAAUAUCCACGUGACCCCUCGCUCCAUCUACCUAUCCCGGCAUGGGGAAAGUGAACUCAACCUCAUGGGCAGGAUUGGAGGGGACACUGGGCUUUCACCUCGUGGGAAGCAGUACGCUCAUGCUCUGGGUAACUUUGUUAGAUCACAGAAGAUUUCAGACCUGAAAGUAUGGACCAGUCAUAUGAAGCGCACCAUCCAGACAGCAGAAGCAUUGAAUGUCCCUUAUGAGCAGUGGAAAGCCUUGAAUGAGAUUGAUGCUGGUGUGUGUGAGGAGAUGACCUAUGAAGAAAUACAAGAACAUUUUCCUGAAGAAUUUGCACUAAGGGACCAGGACAAAUACCGAUACAGAUACCCCAAGGGAGAGUCCUAUGAGGACUUGGUGCAGAGACUGGAGCCAGUUAUCAUGGAGCUGGAGCGUCAGGAAAACGUCUUAGUGAUCUGUCACCAGGCUGUCAUGCGCUGUUUGCUGGCUUAUUUUCUGGACAAAAGUGCAGAAGAACUACCAUACCUGAAAUGCCCUCUUCACACAGUGCUGAAACUGACGCCUGUAGCUUAUGGUUGUAAAGUAGAGUCCGUUUAUCUGAAUGUUGAAGCAGUAAAUACACACAGAGAAAAGCCAUCGAAUGUGGAGCUGUCUCGUGAUCCUGAAGAAGCAUUGGACACGGUCCCAGAACACUUUUAAAUCAAAAUGAUGAAACAAGCUGAAUUUUUAUUUUUUUUAAUGUAUUUUUUUUAAUUUGUCAAACCGGAAGCUGAGAAACAGAAAAGUCCGCUAAAGAGUUCUAGAAUAUUUUUUUUAAGGAAUAUGUUGUUGUAACAUUGUUUUUAUCCUGAG